AUGUUCACGCAUAUGGGUGAGGGUGCCCGCAGAACCUACACCCCCCUCAGCCUUUACGAAGAGAAUGAGGCCAAGAAGGCAUUUGAGCGUGCCAACCGCAUAGUCGACGAGGACAACGAGGAUGGCAAUCGCUCGAGCAGCAUCCACGAGCCUUCUGAUACCGGCGAUGGUGAGAAUAGCAGCGCUCGUCGACACCCCAUGAGGCCUCGGCGCAAAGUUCGGGACGCUCACGUGGGCCCUACCGCCAAAGAACAGGAGCGAAAUCGUGUUUCGAUGCAGGACCAACGGCCUUUGCCCCCAGUCGACGAGAACUACCGCCGUCGACCUGUUGGGGAUUCGGUCGCCUCGCCUUAUUCUCAUCAUCUGGAAGCUUACCGCCACUCUCACCCUCAGUAUUAUGGUAAUCAACACCAUGCCCAACUUUCGUUUGAACGCUCGCAGGGCUAUCGCCGUAGCCAGGAUCAAGGCCAAGGGUUCAGUGGCUACCAGGAGGACUACUAUGUCCAGACUCCCGAUUACCAAGGAACCCCCGAGCAGUGGCGUACCAGCUAUGGGGAAGCUCCUUAUCGAUUCCAGAAUGAUAUGUCUGGUCGCUACACUAAUCAGUAUAGUCAGCCGUACUACAGCAACAACUUCUACGAGCAAGGUCCAUCCAUGCGACCAAGUCCCGAGUACUCACAGGUCGCCGUAAGCGACCACGGACCCGAACGUCCAGCAUACUCGCAAGACGACUACGAAAGUCGAGCCCGAGAGGAAGCCACCGGCUCGGAUCAACGCCACUAUCUCGCCCAACAGGGCAAUAGCGCCCCCGGACAUGCGCACCAGGAGUUCCGCGGUUUUUACGAAGGCCCACCUCAUACCAGGGCAGCUGUCCAUUCUGUCGAAAAUCACCAUCAUCUCGGAAGCCGCACUUGGGAGGGCGACGCCCAGUUUGAGAAUGUGGGCCGGGUGGAAGGUCCGUGUCAGAUUGCCAACGAGCGCGAAUGCUCGCCCUCGACCGGUAGCACUAUCCUGUUGCAAGAUGCGUAUGAGGCUGAAGAAGGACAACACCAUGUCCGCCAAGCCGAGCCAGGUAGCAGGGGCGUCCCGCGCUCAGGAGACACGACCGAAUCUGAACCUGCAUCACAACAUCACUCUGAUCAUGGCUCAGCCAUCAACACUCGCCCUCCUCACUACCGACAGCGCGAGCGGCGAGCGGAAUAUCCGCGUACUCCUGAAGCACAAACAGCUCGUCGGCUAUUUGAUAACGUUGCCACGACUUCCAGCUACGGUUAUGUCCCCGCUCUGGAUCUCGCACCCGACCGCGAGCUGCCCCUGGCAGGGCCUGAUCGCACCGCAAACGACCAUAUCAAUGCGUACAACACCCAUGGAGAUCGAGUACUCAGUGAGAAAAUCAGCCAUGCUCGCACUGUCGCACAGCGCGAACAUGCGAGUGUGCACCGCAGCCGACUCUCUACGAUCAACUCCAGCGGCCCAGCCUUUUCUGCUAGCCAGCAGUUGGAGCCCUACCGUGAUAGAGCACAAGACCCCGUAAAACCCGAAGAACCAGUCGCAGAAGUUGAGUAUGCACGCAAUCUUGAAGUACUAGCUCGAGUCGCACUCAUGCAGACCGAGGGUGUUGCUGCUGAUGAAAGCGGUGGCCAGCACGCCGCCUCUGGUCGCAAUACCCAGGAAGAGGACACCGGCGACGAUCAAGAGACUAGUCAUUUGAUUAAGCGGUGUGACGAUGAAGUUGAAGCAGCCCGUCAAGCUCGUGUUGAGAAGGCCUUGCGCCUUGACGCUGAAAUCAACGCUGACAUUCGGCGCCGACACCUCAAGGACGACGCACAAGUGGAGCAGUAG